GAGGUGAAUUGAGGGAUGAGAACAUACCACUGUCCUAACGUGCUAGGCGUGCAGAGCCCUACAGAUUGGCCUGGACUCAGACAAAGAUCCGUGAACGCGGCGCACAUCUCCGUGCUUGAGCCAAUACUGCUGCAGCGAAUGUUGGCCGGUCGUAAAGAUCGUAUCCGUCCGAUUUGAUUGUGGGAUCUGUCGCGCGGAGUCGCAAAACGUUGUUGUUGACGACCGGAGUUCUACGCGCGGCGUCGAUUGAGCAGUAGGAAAUUGUCGCCGAUGCGCGCAACAGAGCGGUCGAGAUCAACACCAGAGCCGAGAUGGAUAUUUGAGGAGCAAUGUCCGAUUUUCGCCGCGCUUAGUGUUGAAAUGAUGGCCGAGCUCGACCGUGGUGAUUAUGAUGCCAGAAAGAUGUUUCAGUGCUUCCAAAACAGAGUGCUGAGCAAGUGCCCGAAGGCAGUGGCGCACCACUCCGAGAUUCGGUUGCAAUGUGGCUUAUCACCGAACGAGCGUGAAGCCGUGGCGAAGAUGAGGGCUGAGGUGAUCACGGAAGUUUCAAAUGCCGGAUGCCUGAACGAUCUUCAACAGACGCACGAUGAUGCUGUGGUUGUUGGCGUUGCCGUUGUCUUCAAGCGUGAUUAUCUUCUGCGCAAGGCCAAGGAUAUCGGAGAGGAUACUGUUCGGAGAUGGUGGUCCUGGUGGUUGAAGCCUUUCAUCACAAGUUCAUGGAGAAGAGGGACAUUGGCUGUGCAUCAUUUACAGCACUAGACAGCGCGGAUGACAGAAGCUGCGCCUCGUGCUAACAAAAAGCACUGAUA